GACAGAACCUGCAGCCGGGGGAAGCUACUGCAGCAAAUCCUACAAGUUGCUCGUUUUUGAUGACCGAGCUCUUGCUUCGUGUUAGUGAGCGAAUGUCCCAUAUCACGCCACUUUUCUCGGCUUUGUCGAUCAAUGACCCUUGUUUGUACUUGCUAUGACACACUUGAGCUUGAGUAUACUGACUCUUCUCUGAGCGUGGCAACAUACAUUACUCAGACUAGGGCUUUCGCGGUCCAGAGCCGAGCAAUGCAAAAUAGGGAAUGCAAGUCACCCUAAAUUACCGCAAACCUCGAAUAGAACAGGGUAGUUGGGGAUUUAAUGUAUUGAAAUUUGUUCAUAUUCAGAAGCGAAACUGACCUUGCUGACAGUCGUAUUCAAUGUUUUCAAAUUCGAAAGUUAACUUUCCGAUUCCCAUCGGCGAAAAGUCUUCUCGGGAUAAUUCUUGGUGCGGGCCUCCUUCACAUAUUGUUUAUGCAGGAAUAUCGGAGCUUGUAACCGAUGGUUCAGAUGGCAAGGUUACACUUGCCAUUCGCAAUGCCACACAGCUGGUGGACUUCUUCGUAUAUAGGUUGGUAGUUCACGGUGGUCAUGUACUUUCCUUUGCGACGAGCGAGUUUAUAUCCCAUCUACGAAGCUAUGGAAAGAAGAAUAGGACGAAGAUAGUCGCCGUGGCCGUGCCGCAAACCCUUGUCAACAAAUGGCCAUCACUAUGCUCCCAUCUCUGGAAAGACCUUGAUGCCGUCCCUUUAGUGCUGGAGUGUAAAGACCGUAUUAGGCAGAAAAAUGAACCCGGUGAGCUCGCUACGUUUUUAGGCUGGGAGAGAAAGGAGCUCGAUGAACAGGCAGAUUCAAUGGCGCGCAAAUGUCUAGGGUCAUUUGGUAUUGGACAUGUACUUCACAACCAUAUCUGUGCUGAUGGCAUGGUUGAGGUUGACAGGGGUUUUCGUGUCCACGUUGGAGAUCAACGAGAUUAUGAGGAGACCGUGCAUCCGGACACAUGGAAUAUUGUCCAAGGCUUUGCAAAAGAUCUCAUGGAGAGGAAAAUUAAAAUAGCAAUUUUCAGUAUGACAUGUGAGGGGAAGCCUGAUGUGCAUACAAGGCACGCGUUUGUCAGAUUCUCUCAGAAGCUUGGAGUAGACACGAAAUGGUAUGUCCCGAAGCCACGGCCCAGUAUUCUUCAAAUUGUGAGGAAGAUGGAAGAUACCAUGGAAGGUUUGACUGGACCGGACGAAUACCUUGGGACAGAUGACGAGUUACGGCUCCUGGAGUUCGCCUAUGAAAAUGCGAGACGAUACUGGCUACGAGAAAAUGGACCCCUGCGGCCUCGCCUAGAAGGUGGCGCAGACGUGGUGAUAAUUGAUAGUGCACCCCUGUUGACGUUGGCACUCCUCGCGAAGCAAUGCGACCCGGAAAGACCAGUUAUUUUUGAAAAUAGAUUGCACGUUCAGCAACAGAGAUUGCUUGAGGAUUCGACAAGCCCACAGACUCGCGUGUGGGAAUUCGUGAAAACAAGGCUAAAGCAUGUUGAUAUUUUAGUCUCUCAACUACCUCGUGAACUGACACCGUCCAUCAUGCCGGAUAGGAAUGUCGGGUAUAUACCGGUUACAGUCGACCAAUUUGACGGAUUUAAUAAAAACAUUGCGGCCAACGACAUCACAUUUUACGGACGGGAGUUCAACUCCUUAUGCAGGGUAUUGGGAUCCCCUACCACAUCGUAUCCUGAUGAGGAAUAUAUCCUCCAUCUCUCACAAUUAAGACCAGGAGACGGGACAAUCCCUCUGCUCGAUGCGUAUGCGAACUUCUGCGAAGGAUAUAUCGCAACGAAACAUGGUGCAGCAUCCCCACCUAAGCUGUUGAUUUGUCACCACGGCCCAUCUAAAAGCCCGGAAAACUCGCUUACAUACGACCGCUUGCUGGCACAUAUCAACACUAAUAUGCAGGACCUUGCAGAUCGGGUCUGUAUUGUGCAGGUCGGUCCUCAGGAUCAGAUGUGGAACACACUCCUGACGGAGGCCCGUGUUCUCGUUCAGCUCUCGAUGGUCCAUGGAAUACCAGAGGUCCUUCUAUGGGCUCUCCAGAAGGGGAAGGCUGUAAUCACUACCAGAGAAGCAAGAUUCUUUUCAUUCUUAUACAACAUGCCAAAUGUUUUCCUAGUUGAUAGUGGGGAUGUUAACACCGUCUCGCCACAUUUAUUCCAUCUUUUCACUGACAAAGACCUCUACGCACGAGCUGUUUCAAACGCCCAGCAAAGGCUACCAGAUAGCCUGACUACAGUUGGCAAUGCAGCUGCUUGGAUGUUUCUGGCCUCGAAAGUGUCGCGUCUGGGUACCUUUGAACCAAAUGGCGAAGAUAUAGAUAGGUUAGCACUCCAGGAGGCAGGACCGUAUACUUGAAACGUUCUGUGAAUAUUGGUUUGUCACUUGAUAUUGUGCUCUUCGGUAACUGCCAAAUGCAACUAUAAUAAUGCGAUCGGGAAUUGGCGUUAGGAAUAUGCACUGGAGACUCAAUUCUAGCAGUUCCGGCGGUUAAGCCAGCAUUGCAUAUUGAAAUUGAUUUAUGAAAAGUCCACUUCAGGAGGGUAAUUAUGACGGUGUCAUCCAGGUUUAAGAAAGACGAAUACGCGUUGGUGUCCAUGAAUCGAGGGAACCAAACAUGACCUUAAGUAAACAAUAGACGCUAUCCUAUGAUGUGGGAGAGAAGUCCGCCAUGGUACAGAACCCUCCGGAAAACGAAGCGCGAACACGAUUGGCAUUGAAUCCUUCGUGGCGAUACCUCGACAGUGUGGGACAUGAGCUAAGUCAGGC